GGUCGACAACCGAUUAUCUUCCCGCCAUAAUAAUAGUUAUCUCCGUCUCAGCUGAGUUCAGAAGGACCUUCAUUAUAAACAAACAAAACACAGCCCAACAACAAGAAGAAGAAGCAAGUACAAUCCUUUAAACUCAAGCAUCUUCAUCUGCUGUGAGAAUUUUCCAACCUGGAUGUACCGUAAAGAAGAUAUCUAGGACGGGGACCUUCAACCACAUUAGUCAUUCUAAGACCAAUGCCUCGCCUUAGCCUAGGUUAGCAGAGAUGACGUUGGAUAAGACAUAACUAAGACUCUUGGAGACCCUCUUAUGAACAGUGCCAAGAUGUGACAGAGGGCGUUUGAUCUGCUCUGAUGAUGCUAUGUUGCUUAUGAAACUGUUUUGCACAGGUGCAUGCAUCCUGGCCUUGAUGUUCCAGUCAUAUCCCAAAAGAGUAUGAUGGCAAAUGGAGCACAAUAUUCACUGAGCCUCAGGAGAGUGGCAGGGAGUAUUCCAGGAUGUAACACUAGUAGUACAGUGUGUGAUUGAAAAACAUCAUGUUAUGUGUUCUAGCUUCAGGUGAGAAGAAAAACUGGAUAUGGCUCUUAAAUUAAAUAAUAUGUUUACUGAAGCAGGUGAGGAUCCUUUUGUAAUACUGAAGUCUACUCUCAUAUGUUAUCUUUUUUUAAAAUUUGUUGUAAAGUAUUUUGUACAAGAAUCAUGCUAAGAAAAUUCCUAAUUUUACAUCAGUUUUGAAUGCCAUUUUGUCUCUCCUGUUAAGGAUGAUGUAUAUUAUUCACUAGUAUACUAGAUAACUUGAAAAGGUAAAUGACUGCAUGUUUAGUAAACAUGGCAAACCAUGAAAGUGAUUGUUACCUGUGUAACUUACCACUUGAAAUGGGAGAACACUGUCAAUGUGAUAAAUACAAUGAAAUACAGACGCACAAUCAAUCAUCACAAAUCUGUUCGAAUGAAUUGAAAGUUCAAGUUCUGCUACCAGAUACCAUUGAAAAACUGGAAGUCUCCAAGCCCGUACAUUGCACUUCAGUGGAACGUACUAAUGAACCUCAUAAAGAAAACUUGGGGGAACCCACACGCAGGCCUUAUAAAUGUGAUGAGUGUAAUGCUAGUUUCAGUCGUUACACACUCUUGACAGCCCAUACAAGAAAGCACAGGGAAGGUCCUCCAUACAUCUGUCAUGACUGCAGCCAAAAUUUUGAGAAUGAAAAUGACUGGUUAGAUCACAAAGAAAGUGGAUGCAUAAUAGCAGAUACAAAAUAUAUACAAUCCCAGAAGAAACGGCAGCAUUCACAUUCUGAUGCAAUGAAGAAAAAGUUGUGUGACAAAGCCCCUAAGGAAAAUCGUUGUAAAUGUCGUCAUUGUUCAAAAUCUUUCAAAUCUGUAUGGAUAAGGAAUAAUCAUGAGAGAAAUUUGCAUGAAGGGUUACGACCACACAGCUGUGAUGAAUGUGGAAAGCAGUUUUAUAGAAAGUUUAAUCUUAUUGUUCACAAAAGAAAACACAGUAAUGAUCGUCCACACGAAUGCAAAAUAUGUCACAAAAGAUUCAAGGCCUCUAUUGGUGUUAAAGUACAUAUGGAAAUUCACUCAGACAGGAGACCAUUUAUGUGUGAAAAUUGUGGAAAAGUGUUUAAAACGCGCUCUAUCUUGGAGUGUCAUCGUACAAUUCAUACCGGAGAAACCAAGUUUAGUUGUACUGUGUGUGGCAAAUCAUACCGUUACCGAGCUUCACUGUUCAUACAUAUGCGAACACACACAGGACACAGGCCUUAUAAUUGCAGUCAUUGUAAUGCCGCAUUUAUGGUUAAAAGUCAUCUCACAGAGCAUUUAAGAAUACAUACAGGUGAACGACCAUUUGAGUGUGAGUUCUGCUCUGCGUGCUUUUCAAGAUCCAUCAGUUUAAAAAAACACUUGAAAUCCCACUUACGUACAGUAUUUGAAAUGAAUAUAGAUAAAGCAAUGUACCAUGCAAAGAUACAGGCACACAUUACACCCAGAUUCAGUUUUCCAAUUGCAAACGACAAACCCCAGCUGAUCCCUAAAGUGACGCAUUACAUGAAAGACAAUAUAUUUUUAGUAGCAAAGGAAUGUGACUCGUUGAACCCUUAUAUGGAGAGCAUAGUAUUAUAUACCGAUCCUCCAACAAAUGAAAUGGCAUUAGUGGUUGUUGCAGUAACCAGCAUUGGAGAUGGAAGCACGUGUAUCCAUGAAAUUACCAAAUUAUUACCUGAGCAGUCAAACAAAUCAACAGCAAAAUUAACAAAAAGUAUAAAUCUGGUUGAAAUGAAUAGCAACACUCAGGAUCAGCAAAUUUUACUUCUGAAAGAUAUACAGAACAACGAAACGCUUAAUUUUCCAGAUUUGCCACAAGUCGGUAAUGUGCAAGAAGACAUAGAUACAAUACCAGUCCUCUCCCUUCCUGAUGAGACAUCUAACGAGAAUGUUAUUGAAGAAUCUGUGGGCCUUAACCAUUUGUCAAGUUAUGAAUGUUAUACAGGGAAGGCCAGUAUAGAUUCUCGGCUAUGCAGGGAUGAUUGGAUUGUAUCCCAGAAUAAUAUUGAUGAUACAAUACUUAGGUCAGAUCGUAUUGGAAUUAUAGGAACAACAUCUGUUGGGCAGCACAAUGAUCUACAAAUUUAUAGCAUGAAUUCUGAAAGACAAGAGAGUAUUAUAAACUUUACCUCCAAUAUAGAUGUUGAAUGUGAAAAUGGAGUAUAUUGUGAGAAGAUUGCUGGUACAAUCCUUAAUCACACCUCUGUAAAGAAGGAAGAGGUUCUUAUGGACAACAAAAUUAAAAGCAUUCUGUUGAACCAGGAUAUUUCUAUUGUUAGUAACUUAACAAGGGCUGAUAUAGAGGAACAGUCUAAUACAUGUCAGUUAGUUGCACAGUUAGAUGGCCCUGAAACUGUGGAUACAUCGUAUGAAAAUGCAAAAAUCAAAUGCUAUAAAAAUAAAAGAAAACCUCUUAGAAAAUGCCGGUAUUGUGAUGUAUCUUACAGAUACACAGCUCUGCUGGAAGCUCACGAAGCAAAGCAUGAGCAGCAAACCAAAGAGUCUGUAAAUACAGAUAAUGAAAAUUCACUGGGUGAAUACUACUUAUGCAUGUCAUCCACCCUGGGAGAAGAUUUGCCCUUCAGGUGUGAAAAAUGUCACUCUUCUUUUUCAUUUAGGAGUGAACUUAGAAAUCAUGUGAAAUUGCAUUCAAGCAAAUACCAUUAUACAUGCAAGAAAUGUCAUCAGGCUUUUCAACAGGAGGUCUUUUUAGCAAAACAUCAGUGUGGGCGAUCAUUUCCAAACCCCUGUGCCAUCUCCCAUAACAGUCAGUCAAUCCCGAUGAUUCCCGAAAGAUCAAACAAGAACUCCGAAGUAGAAUUAAAAUAUAAGUGUGAUAACUGUGGCAAAGAGUUCCAUAAAGAGUUUGCACUUAAAGUGCACUAUAGAAAACAUACAGGUAAAAGGCCAUUUAAAUGCAAAGAUUGCAAAAUGAGAUUUAUUUCUGCCAAACAUUGUAGAAUUCAUAGACGAAUUCACAGAGGUGAAGAUGCGUAUGUGUGCGAAACCUGUAAUAAAUCAUUCAGAUACAGAAUAAAUUUUCACAAUCAUAUGAAAAUGUGCCAAGCUAUAAUUGAAACAAAGACAUGCAAGGAUAACCCAAAUAAUAAUAUACAAAAUGCAAAAUUGUCUGACUUUAAAGUUAGUGAUACAGUUAAUCCAGAAAACAUAAUUUCUCCUUUACAUAAACUUCAGGGUGAAUUAAUGGAGGAUUAUGCUGUUAAAUUGGAACCUCAAGAAGUUGUAGGAUGUUUGAAAGAAAAAAUUGUAGAUCAUAUCGAUAAAUUUGAGGUAGGAGUAAAUAAAGAUGAAAUAAGUCUAUGUGAAAUACAAGAAAACUCUAGUGUUUAUCAUUUGCUUGGUAAAGAUGUACUGGAAAAUCUGCAAACAAACAAAGCAAUGCCAAAUGAAUUGCAGGAGGGUCAAUCAUCAGAAACCAUUGGUGGCAUACAUUUAGAAGCACCUCCAGAUUUUCCAAAUAACAAAAAAAUCCAAGGAUUGCUGAGAUGUGAGCAUUGUCCUAAAGUAUUUAAGUUUAAAAGCAUUUUGCAUAUUCAUACAAGAAGUCACACAGGUGCAAAGCCAUUUUGUUGUUCAGUAUGUGGAAAAUCUUUUUCUAAGAAGAGUAACAUGGCGAUACACAUGAGAAUUCAUACCGGUGAACGUCCAUUUUUGUGUGAUUAUUGUGGCAAAUGUUUUACUUACAAAUAUACAUUAAGUGCACAUAAGCGUCUCCACACACAGGAACGACCAUUUAUUUGUGGAGUUUGUGGGAAAAGUUUUCGAUAUGAAGCUAGCAGACAUGUGCAUCUUAAGAGGCAUGCAAAUGAUAGGGCAUUCAAAUGUGAUCUUUGUCCAAAGGCUUUUGUUGCCAAAGUGGACAUGGAAGAUCACCGAAGAACACACACUGGUGAAAAACCAUACAAAUGUGAACAUUGUGAGCGGAAAUUUACAGUUCGUCACCACUUGACAGAACACCGAAGGCUUCAUACUGGUGAGAAACCCUAUAAGUGUCAGUACUGUACUAUGACAUUUGCUCGAGCUGCGACUCGAAAGAUACAUUUACAAAAGCAUUUGAAAAUAAUUGGUGAAUUUUUGUGAAGUAUUUUUGAUUUAAUAGCAAUGAAAAGUCCUUUAUUGUGUUGAUAUGCAGGCAGUUUAAAUUUCUUCAACGGAUUUUUUUCUAUACAGUACAAUACCAUACAGGGAGAGUCCGGUGAAACCUUUCAUACUUUUACAGGAUCCUGAUGAAAUCAAUGAGGAGAUCAGGGAGGCAAAGGUCAGGUGAGGUCAGAGAGGUGAAGGUGGGGUAAGGUCAGGGAGGUGAAGAUGUAGGAAUGUCAGAAAUGCUGAAUUUUGUAACUACUCUAUAUAGUUUUUAAGAAGCAACACCUCAUGCACUUCAGUGAUGCUGAACUCAUCAAAGUAGGAAAAUCUGUGGAGAAAUUGUAUGGGAAUUCACAGCCAACAAAUAUUAUGGCACCAUUUGCAGAAUGAAUGAAAAAUUAACAUUGCUUUAACUCUUGCUGAAUUAAUACUUAAAAAUGUAUAAAUUGCUACGCAGAGUCCCUCACGUCUCAGACUUCACCGCAUUUUUGCAUCUACGACAUCACAGCCCUCCCCAACCCACUUUUUGCCCUUUAUAAAUACUUGUCCUGGUCAUCUCUGUUAGAAGCCCUGACAAAAUGUUAACUACAAAUAAAUUCUGUUCUGAU